AUGGAUGUGCUUCUCGAUAUACUUGACACUUGGGUGCUUGACCGGUUCUAUGCGACCGUCUUUCCCAGACCUGCAGCCAAAUUCAUCGAUCAUCCGUUCCCUGCCAACGGCUCCGAAUGGCUGAAUCUGAACCAGAAUAUCAAUCGCUAUGUCGAGGUCACUCCAUCCCAAUGGGCUGUCCAGAGCAGCUGGCCGAGGGACAAUAUUCUGCGACAGGGACUGAGCCUUUUCCUCGUUGCCUGGGGCUUCGGGACCGUCCUGUACUUCAUCAGCGCAACCAUCUCCUUCUAUGUCGUGUACGACAAACGCGCCAUGAAGCACCCGAAAUUCCUCCGCAACCAGAUCCGCCUGGAGAUCAAACAAGCCAUGCAAUCGAUGCCCGGCAUGGCCGUUCUGACCGCGCUGUGCUUCGUGGCCGAGGUCCGGGGUUACACCAAACUUUAUGAUUUCCCCGAGGAAGGCCCCUUUGCGCUCUACACCUAUCUGCAAUACCCGCUGUUCAUCGCCUUCACGGACUGCGGCAUCUACUUCAUCCAUCGCGGGUUGCACCACCCCUGGAUCUACAGGCACCUGCACAAGGCCCAUCAUAAAUGGAUCGUGUCGACGCCGUUUGCGAGCUAUGCCUUCCACCCGGUCGACGGGUUCAGUCAGAGUUUCCCCUACCAUCUGUACCCCUUUUUGUUUCCGCUUCAGAAGAUCGCCUACUUGGCCUUGUUUGUCUUCGUGACGAUCUGGACGGUCAUGAUUCAUGAUGGAGAGUAUGCCCUGAAUUCGCCGAUGGUUAAUGGCUCCGCGUGCCAUACCAUCCACCACUAUUACUUCAACUACAAUUACGGCCAGUUCACCACCCUCUGGGAUCGCCUUGGCGGAAGCUACCGGAAGCCGAACCCGGAGCUCUUUGACCGCGAAGAGCGUCUGAAGAAGGACGAGAUCCAGAAGCAGGUUCAGGAGAUGGAGAGGCUCGUCAAGGAAGUAGAGGGAGAAGAUGACCGCUGCUACGAAUCGGAGGCCAAGAAGACCCAGUAG